UACUAAUUUAGUGUAGCUGGUAGAGAUUAUACGUCAUUGAGGUGCAUUUGUGUGAUAGAUUAUUAAAUUAACCAUGCUAUGCAGCCACAUGAAAAUCUUACAGAUAUAGCAAAACUAUCAAUAUUCAACCAAUAGAGGUUUAAAUAUAUUCAGACGAGCUUCGUCUGUCAUUGGAAGGAGCAGCCUGGACAUUGGAAUUCAGCUGAAGAGUGACUGCCGCUGAACCUUGAUGGGCGAAUCAGGGUCGCGCCGCUCCACGCUCGUCUCCAGGCUGCCCAUCUUCAGGCGGAGUGUAAGUAAGAGGCAGGACUCGUUGCCCUCCUCCCCAUCCUCGGCCGGCGUGGGCAAUGGCGUUCACACCUCGUCCCCCUCCAGCACUAACUCCAGCAACAGCAGCACGGGCAAGCGCCGCAGCCUGUUCCGCACGCCCUCCAUCAGCUUCAGCAGCAAGAGGAACAGUGAGCCGCCACGCAUCCAGACCCCUCCUCUGGACCCAGCCCAAGACACCAACAGCAGCCAGAACAACCCUCCGCUGGGCUUCCAAGAUGGCGCUGUGCUUCCACGGGCCAAGACGCGCCACUCCUUUGGCUUUGGGGGCCACCGGCAGAAAAAGAUCACCCGCUCGCAGACUGAAGACUUUGAGAAGGUGACCUCCACGGUCAAUAGGAACGUGUUCAUCAACUGCAUCAGCUCAGGUACCAACGAGGGCGAUGACUCGGGGUAUCUGGAUGACUUCAGCGGCGACAGCAAGCGCUCGUACAGGCAGAAGAAACAGCUGCUGCCAAAGUCCUUCUCUGCCCACCACCGCUUCUCCAAGAACUCUGAGCAGUGCAAGCCCCCAGUGGUGAGUGUAGUGCCCCCGACGUCAGAGGGUACCCCGGGCUCGUGGCCAGGCGAGCUGCUGGGGGAGAGCUCCCUGCAGUCGCCCAUGGUGUCUGAGGACCGCACCACGGCCCUCACCCCCUCUGAGUUUAAUGUCCCCAUCACAGAGGACUCUGUGUCCGAGGUGGAUGUGCUGCUUGCCCCCAGCCUCGCCGCCACGCCAGACAACUUCAGCCACGUCGUCUCUACCUCCCAGGUGUUCUUCAUGCCUGCCCAAGCUGCUACAGACAAGCCCCUUCUGCCAGACACCAGCACCGCAAACACCACAGAGUGUGAGACUGCAGUCCCUGUCACAGAACCAGCAACAGCUGCAACACCACCAAUGCCACCGGAACAACAAACACAAUCGCAGGAAGAGAAGGAAGAAGGAGAAGAGGAGAAGGAGGAUGUUAUGAUGGUGGAGGAGGUCAGACCAGCGCAGACAGAGACUAGUGAGAGCGAGGCAGGCCCAGUGCGUAGUAAAGGCUACCAUUCCAAUCCAGAGCAGUCUGAAAGGAGGUCCAGGAACACAGUGUUCAUCCAGGAACCAGGCAAGGGAGUGUGCUGCGAUAGACAUGAACCCAGGUCAUGCCACCUGAGGAAACCCCACACAGUGUCCAUGUGCAGCAGCAGCGCCAGCCCCUACCACGAGGUGAUGCGCAUGGAGCGCAGGCUACGUUCCUCCUCGGAGGGUGCCGGGGGGCCACGGGGGCUCCACCUCAACCUCAAAGAUCCCCAUUGCACUGCCGAGGGGAGCGUGCUGCUGAAACAGAGGACCAACUCGUCGUCCUCCAAGCUUGGCAGCCUCGAUGUACUGAACAAUCUAGGCUCGUCUGAGCUGGAUGAGGAUGACCUGAUGUUGGACCUGGACCUCUCUGAUGACCAACGCCAGCGUCACGUAUUCCGAGAGGACUCCAGCCAGUCCCUAGCCUCCUGCCUGAACCUGAUGCACUCUCCACUGGAGCCCAAUGUCGACAGGAUCCCUGGCAGGGAGCCCAGAGACACCACCACCAUCCACAGGGAGCCUUGCCGGCCGACGACCCUGCUGCCAGCUGACUGGUGCCUGGGCCGGGAGGACGAGGCCCCGGGGCUGGAGGCACUACCCCUAAGGCUGAUGCAGCAGGACUGCACUUCCGUCAAGACCCUGCUGCUGCGCCUCCGGAGGACCCUGCAGGAGAGCACUGACACAAGUCCUGCAGGCAGCCUUCAUUCUCUCCCCAUCAGCCCCUGUAGUGAGAAGACUCUGCCCCUAAAGGAGCCGGGGAGGGAAGAGGCUCUGCUGCUGCAGCUGAGGGAGAAGGAUGAGCUGAUCUUCCGACUGCAGGCUGAACUGGAGUGUGCCAAAGCUGCCCUGAAGCCCACCUGCCAAAAACCUGACCGAACUACGCAGACUGACCCUCCUGGACCAGAGACCAUCCAUCCAAGCCGAGCAACAAGCCAAAACAGUACCAGCACAAGAGACAGAAGGGUGGCCCGGUCUCUCAACGUGGACCAAUAUAGCCGUGAGGUGGCUGAGCGCUCAACUACCAGUGACGUGCGCCACUGCCCAGCCCCAACCCAAACCCCGCCCCCACCCCUUUCCUCCAGUGGGCCCGUGGGAGGCAGGGACCCUUCAGGGGCCCCCAGGAGACCAGAAGAGGCUCUGUCCUCAUCAUCAGAGGCAGGGGCUCUCAGGAAAAGUGAAUACCCAAACAGCCAGAUCCCCCGGGCGAUGGGGGUGGGGGGCAGCAGCUCCAGCCUUCAGAGUCGAGACAGCCCCUGCCGAAGCUGCCUCUCCUCAGACAGCGAGAGAGCCCCCGUGCCGAGCCCCUGCCAGCCUCCUCCUCCCUCCUCCACCACCACCACCUCUUCCUCCUUCACGGGCCGCCUAGGCCAGCCCCCCAGAGGGCCUUUGUCCCUGCACAUGUAUAGCCGCAAGAACGUCUUCCUGCAGCACUCACUCCACACUGCUGAACUGCAGGCCUUGGUCCAGCAUAACGGCUGAGGCGCAGGCCGCACACACACAAACACACACACACACACACACACACACCUUUCACUUUUCCCAUGUACCCUAAACAUAUCAUUGAAUGGACACAUCACCGUCUGAAUCAUGGAAGUGAAGGUAAUCUCUGGAAUUUAUACAACAAUCAGUGUCAUAACUCCCAAGCAUCUUCCCUUCACCUCAAAUCCAACCCAUUUCUUUCAUCUCAUUCUCUCAACCCUAGCUCCUCCUGAUCAGAGUUUGCUAUGACAGACACUUUAAAACUAUCUUGAUCACAUCAUUGGGACAUUUGCUUCUCUUCUUAAACACGUAUUUUGUGUUACACUGUCAUCCAACCAGACCUCCAAACAGUACCUCGGUAGGUACAUGUCUAUAUGCGUUUCUUUGGUUCUGUGCAUUUGACCAUUUUGACAUUUUAUAUUAUUGUAGAAGGCUGAUAGAUGUGCUCACUUGAACACACACCAGUCAGUCAGCCUGCCUGCUAGCAUUAACAAAGCACUCGUCCAUCUAUCACAUUAGAUUAGCACUGAAUGUUGAGCGUUUGCUUAGAGGUGCUAAUGUCCACACAUGCGUGAAAACACACACGCGUGCCAUAGGGAAUUAACUAAUGUGAGAGUUGUAGUUACAUUAGCAAAGCUGAACAUGACCAAACCAUGCUGCUCAUUGCACUGACAAUGUGACCAACAUAAACUACAUGCCCAAAAGUAUGUGGACACCUGCUAGUUGAAUAUCUCAUUUCAAAAUCAUUGCCAUUUAAUAUGGAGUUGGUCCCCCUUUUGAUGCUAUAACAGCCUCCACUCUUCUGGGAAAGCUUUCCACUAGAUGUUGGAACAUUGCUGCGCAAACUUGCUUCCAUUCAGCCGCGAGUAUUAGUGAGGUCAGGCUCUGAUUUUGGGCGAUUCGGCCUGGCUCGCAGUCGUUGUUCCAAUUUAUCACAAAGGUGUUUGACUGGGUUUAGGUCGGGCUCUUUGCUGGCCUGUCAAGUUCUUCCACACCGAUCUCGACAUACCAUUCUGUAUGGACCUUGCUUUGUGCCCGAGGGCAAUGGCUGAAACAGGAAAUUGCCUUCCCAAAACUGCUGCCACAAAGUUGGAAGCACAUCUAGAAUGUCAUUGUAUUCUUUAGCAUUAAGAUUUCCCUUCGCUUUAACCCUAGCCCGAAAACAUUAGAAGCAGCCCCAGAACAUUAUACCUCUUCCACCAAACUUUACAGUUGGCACUAUGCAUUGGGGCAGGUAGCGUUCUCCUGGCAUCCAACAAACACAGAUUUGUCCAUCGGACUUACAGAGGGUGAGGAGUUUAUCCAACAUUCAUCACUCCAGAGAACAAGUUUCCACUGCUCCAAGCUUUUUGUUUAAAUAUUUGUAUUUUAUUUAUCAAGGCAAGUCAGUUAAGAACAAAUCCUUAUUUACAAUGACGGCCUAGGAACAGUGGGUUAACUACCUUGUUCAGGGGCAGAACAACAGAUGUUUACCUUGUCAGUUUGGGGAUUCGAUCUAGCAACCUUUCGGUUACUGGUCCAACGCUCUAACCACUAGGCUCCCUGCCGCCCCAACACUCCUGCCGGUGCUUGGCAUUGCACAUGGUGAUUUUGUAGACUUGUAUGCGGCUGCUUGUCCAUGGAAACCCAUUUCACAAAGUUCCAGACAAACGUUACUUCCAGAGGCCGUUUGGCACUCAGUAGUGAGUGUUGCAACCGUGUACAGACGAUUUUUACGCACUACGCGCUUCAGCACUACUCCGGUCCCAUUCUGUGAGCUUGUGUACCAUACCACUUCGCAGCUGAGUCGUUGUUGCUCCGAGACGUUUCCACUUCACAACAACAGCACUUACAGUUGACAGGGGCAGCUCUAGCAGGGCAGACAUUUGACACACUGACUUGUUGGAACGGUGAAAGUCACAGAGCGUUGAAAGUCACUGCGCUCUUCAGUGAGGCCAUUCUUCUGCCAAAGUUUGUCUAUGGAGAUUGCAUGGCCGUGUGCUCUAUUUUAUACACCUUUCAGCUACGGGUUUGGCUGAAAUAGCCGAAUCCACUCAUUUUGAAGGAGUGUCCACAUACUUUUGUAUAUAUCAUGUAUGUGCAUCCUCUUUGUAUCGCCAAAUCCUGCAGUCAAAAAUCCCAACUCAGAUUUUUACACACACAGACAAGACCAUUUUAGGGAGUUUCAUUCAUUACAGGUCCAAUGCAGCUAUUUUUAUUUCAAUAUCAAAUCAUUUCUGGGUAACAAUUAAGUACCUUGUGAUUGUAUGCAAUUAAAAUGGUCAAAAUGAAACGAAAAUGGCUUUUUAGCAAAGAGCAAUUUCUCAAGCUACGUCUGAGUUGGGAGGUGAAAACUAGCUGUUAUUGGCAGAGAUGUUUGUAACUUUUUUUUAUUGGUCUAUUAACUAAUUUACCGCCUGGUGAUGCCACCAGGUAGAUCAAAACUCCAUCCCACCCAAAACAGGCAAAUUUCAGGCAGUGUUUUCAAACAGCUCUUACACUGAAAGGGCAUUAUCAUCUUUUUCACUAUUUCCGAGUAUUAUUCCAGCCUCGUAGUGUGGAAAUAUAUAUAAAAUACAGGAAAACACGUUUUUGACUUUCACGGGGCCUUUAACCUUUUAGUAAUUGCAUGCUUUUAUCAUUGUAGACACACAUAUUUUGUACAGUGAAAUUGUGUCGGUCAAAAAUGUAUUUUACAGUCUCAUAAGUUUAAUAAGAACAGACAUGUCUGUCUGCAUUUGACACUUUUUAUAAGUGGAUAUCAGAAACUGGUUGUUACAUCAGGGCCUGUAUUCAUAAAGUGUCUCAGAAUAGGUCUGAUCUAGGAUUUUUUUUGUCUUUAAGAACCUCAUGAAUAUGAAGACUUGGAUAGGAGGUUCCUGAUCCUAGAUCAGCAUCUUACUCCGAGACGCAUUUACAACGGAGUAUUGUAUGAGAAUAGAACCCUAUCCUUGUACUGUCACUAAUUUAAGCUAAUGGGUAUUGUUCAAGGGACCGCAUUUAAUAAGUAAGUAAUCAUGUUUGUAGAACACCAUCAUGAUAGCAAUGUUGACGAUACAUGAGGAUACUUGUCUUUCGAGAUGCGUUUACAAAAACGGUCAUGAGCUGUAAUGGUAAAGUAUAUAGUAGUAUACAGUUGUCAGUAGAGUCUUGCGGGAGAAAGCCUGUCUGUCUGUCGUCACUGUAAGCAGCAGAAAGUGGUACAGAAUGCACCAUUAUAGUUGGAGUGGAAGCAAGGACUCGUAGAGGUGAAGGAAACCCUGAAGAAAUGCAGCUUUACCCCCCGCGGUCCAGCUCCACUCCCUCAGGUCUACUGCUCCACUUUAUUUCCCUCCUUUUCUCGCUCUCUGUUUCUUUCUCCUUCACUCUCGUCCUCUGCUCUCCCUCUCUCAGCCUACAUACACGAGCCCUGAAUUCUCACACCCAGAGAGCGCGGCAUGGAGGAGGGCGUGUAUUCAGUGUGCUAUCUAUCCUGUCAUUAGCUGGGCUCGUUGUAUCACAUGACUACAACGAGGGCUAGUGGAAGAAGCCAGCUGCCCUAACCCAUGAUGACGUCUUGCCAAACACAGCCAGCACACCAGCUUUUAUCCCCCAAGCGUUUGACCCCCGAUUCAACUGUAUAUGUUUGAUACGGACCUUCUCAGCUUCUUUAUUGCAAUUUUGCGAUAUGUCAACAUACUGUUCUUAGAACAAAGAUUGGGAUUAAAAAGGGGAAUUCGUAUUAUAAAGGCAUAGUUAAAAGGAUAAAGUUGCGUGUUUUGAGUUUUGAACAAUCGCGUAAGCAACUGAAGAACAAGGAUGUAUUCUUGUAGUGGACAGAACAAGAGUCUCAUUAACUCACGAUUCUUAACUGACCAUACAGUAGAGGACACUUCGUUCACUUUUAGCUCACCUAUUUGUUAGCUUUAUUUGAUGUUUUGUGAGAUUGGAUCACAAAGACUUGUGUCACCAUUUUUAUAAAGAACAUGACUGUAAUUAUGCACUGGUGAUGUGACGUUAUAUACUGUAUAUUGUACAUAGAUACAACCUUUCAAUAUUAAUUUAAGUCGAUUAAGGUUAUUUAAAAAUAUAUAUAUACAGGGUUCACAAUGUAGAGAAAUUUGAGAUUUUAAAAACUGUUAAGUGUUAUAAAAUCGAACUGGAAUUUCUCUCAACCACAAUCGUUGUUGAUUACAUGUUUUACCGACUAAUUUUCAUUGUAUUAUUUGCUCCUAUUAAAACAUAAGAAGUGUG